AUGAUCAUUAGUUCCAUCACUUCAUUAAUCCUGAUCAACUGGCUCGCUAUGCUUUAUUUCACUUGCUAUCCAACAUCGUUGAUAAUCGAAUACACAAGAAAAGAUGUGGUAGAUAACUACGGGAUUGAUCCGAAUAGGAAGGCAUUUUUCGGACUGUCGAUGAUGUUUAUUUCGACAGCGGAAUACAUACUUCUUGUGGAGACUUUCUUUUUUAUACUGGUACUCGGCACUGUUGUGGCGUUCUGUGCGUGGAGUAUUGAUCACUGUCUAAGAGUGAACGCAAUGAGUCUCCAAACAAAGAAACUCCAUCGACAAAUGCUAAUCAUGCUUAUUCUGCAGCCUAACAAGGAGCGUUCCGUAUACAAUCCUAUUAAAUCGAUUCCUAUUGCAGAGUGCGUGCCCGGCGACACUGCUCAGCGCACCUCUUUGUUCGAUGUACCUGCUUCUGUUCACAGGUGUCAGAAGUCCAGUAGCGAUGAGCUACACUAU